UGUCAAUUUUGUCAUUGCCACAAAAUAAAAUGAAAGAAACAUCGGGAGUGAAAAAUUGUUGAAUUUGUGCAAUUAUUCAAAACUUCAAUUAAUGCAAAAUACGUGAAAAUAGGAAAUAAAGUGAGUGCAUUUCAUACAAAGGAAUCUGGGAUAUUGUAUUCACGCAAAUAGUAACUGGGAAAAUUAAAGUGUCGGUGUAAAUUAGUAAAAUAAGUACUGUGCUUGUAGCUUUCAUAAAUUUUUGUCUUCGCCUUUUGGUAGGUCUGAAAAGAAAUUCCAAUAAUCACAAUGGUAAAGUGGUGCGGUGUAACAUUCACAUAGAUUUGCAUCAAAUAUACACAAGUGACGGUUUUAGAAUAAAAUAAAAAUUUGUAACGAAUAUAAAAACAACGUUUUGGGAAAUAUAAAAAGUGAAGAGUGCUUCAAGCAGCCGUGUCACAGCGCAGUUUGUAAUGACCACAUCACCCCGAUCCUUCGACACGAUAUCACUUUGCUCCACCGUUUCCAGUUGCCCGGACCGCAAUGGCUUUUACGGUGGAUUUCAGCGCACAGAAAAACCCAAAGAACCGCUCUCUAAGGCGCAAAUUAUAGCGCGAGAGAAGAAAUGGUUAUACAUGAUCGAUAAUUGGUCGCUAUAUAUGUCCAAAAACUACAAAAAGAUUCGUGAUCGAUGUCGCAAAGGCAUACCAAAAUCGGUACGUCCGCGUGCAUGGUUCUAUCUAUCUGGCGCUUAUUUGCUAAAAAAGAAAAAUCCAACGGUCUACAAAGAAUUACUCGAACAACCUGGCAAUCCGCAUGUAAUUGAAGAAAUCAAAAAGGAUAAGCAUCGUCAAUUUCCGUUUCAUGAAAUGUUUCUAGAUGAGGAUAAAGUAGGUCAAAUCGAACUGUUUAAUGUGCUAAAAGCGUAUUCCAUAUAUAAUCCGAAAGUGGGGUUCUGUCAGGCGCAAGCGCCGAUUGCUGCGUUUCUACUUAUGCACUUACCAGCCGAAGAUGCGUUUUGGGUGUUUGUUAGUGUUUGUGAUGUCUACUUAGAGGAUUAUUUUAUUAGUGGUCUUGAGGUGCUCCAAAAUGAUGCUGGCAUACUGGAAGGGCUCCUCAAAAAAACCUGUCCGCCCGCAUACCGUCACCUGCAAAAACAUAAAGUCGAACCGUUACUCUAUAUGACCGACUGGUUUCUAUGCGCUAUGACACGAACAUUACCAUGGGAAACAUUGUUACGGGUCUGGGAUUGCUUUCUCGCCGAAGGUAUACGUGUCGUCUUCAAAGUAGCGCUGGUAAUAAUUGGUGCUUCGCUGAAUUCACAUAAGGUUCGUAAACAAUGUAAUGGACUUUGUGAAACCUUAGAGGUGCUACGCUCACCACCCGAACAUGUUAUCGAAGAGGAGUUCAUUAUCAACAACAUACAAAGGCUAAAUUUACGUGUCGAAGACUUUCAAAUCGAGCAUACGCGACAAAAAGCGCGACGGGCCAAACAGAAAGCCAUGCAAGAGGCAGCAGCAGCGGGGAUAGCGACGGCAUCAACAUCACAUGGCAGCGCCGUGAGCAGCAAUAGCAGCAACGCUGCGAACACUUUAGGUGACGGAGGUGGUAGCAAUGGCUAUAGGCUGUAAUGUUAGCACAAAGCGCCUACAGCCGGCGGUGAAAGUGCAAAAUUAAUUGUCGAAAAAGGAGAGAGAAAAGCCCGUUGCCGAGUGUAGGGGGGGGGCUAAUUUUUGGUUAAACUUUACGAAGGUGUAGGUUUACUUAAGUUUUCCGUCCUUUACUCGGUUGUGGGCAUGUUGUAUCACUUUUUGAUAGCAAUUUUUCUAGGGUGCUAAGCAUUCACUCAAAGUUGUUUUUUUAUUGGUAAUAGUAUGUAAACAGUAAACAUGAAUACAAAUCAAACAGAUAUAGAAAUAGGAAAUAAUAUAUGAUAUGUAAAAGCAAUCAAACGACUAAUCGAUAAGUUUUAAAGUAAACGCACAGUAUAGAGGAAUUGCGAGUUGCAGAAGAAGACUAACAGGCAUGUAGACAUCCACUGAUAAACAUAUAAACCUUUCAUCUACAACUAAAUUUCUAUAUAUCAUUUUCUUUUUCCAUUUUUGAAAAAUCAAAUAUUUUUACACAAAAUGCACAAAGUAUAUGUAUGUAAUGUAUAAUAUUUUAUUUUCGUAGUAAAUGAUAGUCAAUUAGGAAAAUUCAGUCAACAUCGACACUUAUGGUACACGGCGGUGCAAAACGCAAAAAAUGGUGAAAUCAAAGAGUACAUAUCAAUGGAUGAAUAUGAGCUGAGACUUGAUUUCAGUGAUGCUUGUUGAACAGUAACAAUGCUAACUAUUAUAAAUACGCUGAAAGCUAUAUACGCUAAGCUUUAUAAUAUUUUACAAUAAUAAUGCCAUAAUUACUUUUCUUGUUGUACACUCGCAAUUAGUAUUAUUUCAAUAUAUACAUAUAAAUACAUGCUGUGUUUACUAAUCUUUAUCUUUUAUUUUCAUACUUUGCUAAAUUUGUAGGUGCAAAUCGAAUGUACCCUGAAUUGAAAAUAACGACUUUGUUCAUUCCGAGAGAAUAUUAAGCUUAUGAAUAUUUUUUAACCGUUAAUAUAUAUGUAUGUAUUUAAAUACGCAUAUUUGCAUACUAUUAACAUUUAUGUAAAUUGUAAAAGUAUUUCUAUAAAUAUUUAAUUAUUUCAGUAUGCAGCUACUUAUACAUAUAAUUUAAAAAUAUGAAAUUCGUGCAAUUUGUUUAUUUACCUUCCAAAGGGCUAAAAAUUAAUUAUUAUAUAUUGAGUAUUUAUAACAAUUUAAUUUAUGUUGUUUCUAUAACCGUUGUGUGACUAAUCAAUUUCUUAAUGUGAUUAAAGCAAAUAUAAAAACUUUAAUAAAAACCUGCUAGUGAAAGACAUUCAUAAAAAAAAUACAUAUACUCACAUACACAAUUCAAUAAUAAAUGAAUUAAAGUUAAAGUUGCAAUUGUUUUGGUCUCAAAAUGUGUAUUAGAAAAACACUUUCAAGUAAAGAAUUGUUAUUUGAAAAAUCAUUAAACUCAAACAAAAUUUGCCGUUGUUGUUAAGAUAGCGAUGUUUUAAAUUAUUCCUCAUCUUUUGGAAAAUGUUGCAGGAGUGGCAGGUCUUGCCGGGAUGUAGAUCCCGGUUGUUCUGACUUUGUUGUUAUAGUUGCAGUCGAAUCUGUUUAUACCCGACCACCAUGGGAGCAAAAAUAUAAAUGUUUUUUAAGAUUGCUAAAUUCUCGCCAUUCUCACUUAAUGCCUAAAUGUAUGCAAAGUAUUUUGAAAACUCGACAUUUUCAUGCGGGUGUAUA